AUAUUUUUAUUUUGUUUUAAUAGUAUUAAUAUUAUUCGGAUUGCAGUAUAUUCUGGAAACAAGUGCUUACCCGAGAGAGCAUGAGCAACUCAAAGAACUACGAAUGGCUACCGUCGACAAGUAUCAGUGGUGGAGUAUGAUGAAUGUAACUGCUGACGAGGGCCAAUUCAUAUCAUUGUUUUUGAAAACGAUGAAUGCAAAGAAAACAAUUGAAGUUGGAGUUUUCACUGGCUACUCUCUCCUCACUACUGCUCUUGCCCUUCCUAAUGAUGGCAAGAUAAUCGCAAUUGACCCGGACAGAGAAGCAUACGAGACUGGAUUGCCAUUUAUUCAAAAGGCAAACAUGGCACAUAAGAUUCAAUUCAUUCAAUCUGAUGCCUUCAAAGUUAUGGAACAACUCAAGGCCAAUGGUGAAGAAGGAACAUUCGAUUUUGCAUUUGUGGAUGCGGACAAGCAAAACUAUAUCCACUACCACGAACAGCUAUUGAAACUGGUUAGGGUUGGGGGAAUAAUCGCGUACGACAACACAUUGUGGUCCGGAGCUGUAGCCGCAUCCGAUGACGAUGAGAUGGCGGAAUAUCUGAGGAGGGUUAGAACCGACAUUAUGCAAUUGAACACUUUCUUAGCGGCCGAUUCUCGUAUUGAACUAGCUCAGCUUUCUAUCGGAGAUGGGCUCACACUUUGCAGGCGUGUCAAAUAGACAUUUUAUAUUUCUAUACGUUUUAAUUUAUAUGAGUUUUAUGCUCGCUGAAGGAUCGUAGAGAACAACUUCAAUGAUUGUAUUUGUAUUGUUUUUCUGAUAAGUAUCUAUUUAAAUAUUUAUAUUUAUGUCAAAAUAAUCAAUCUACAUUUCUUUACU